AUGCUCCUCGCCGCCGUCGUCAACGCCCUCCUGGUCGUGCCGGUCGCCUUUGCGUCCAGCCCUCCUCUGCCCAAACCGGUGCUGGUCGAGCCGAAGAAGGUAGUCGAUCCGGGGAAGCCGCUGCCGGAGAUUGCCAUCGAUCCGACAGAAGGCCUGCCGAUUGUCGUCGAUCCGGGCCAGGUCCAACCGCAGGUGCAGCCACCGGUGGGCGAACCGAUCAAGGUGGUCGACCCCGUCCCCCCUAAGCCGCAGGUGCAGCCGCCGGUGGGCGAACCGAUCAAGGUGGUCGACCCCGUCCCUCCUAAGCCGCAGGUGCAGCCGCCGGUGGGCGAACCGAUCACGAUGGUCGACCCGGUCCCUCCUCAGCCGCAGAUCCAGCCGCCGGUGGGCGAGCCGAUCAAGGUCGUCGAUCAAAAGGUCGUCGAUCCAAAGUUGGUCUCGCCGCAGGGGGCCGGCCCUUCCGAAUCCGUGCACGUUCGCGGCUUCGUCGGCAAGCUGACCAGCAUCGUCGGAAAAUCAAACACCUUGGACGCCAGCUUCAUCAUCAAACCCGACAUUGGCAAGGUCAUCAAGUGCAGCGUGAAGGACCAACCGUCGACGCAGAGCGGCGACACGCUCUCGAGGUGCGAAGACACCACGUACCAGUUCCAGAUUGCCGUCGCGUCGGACUAUGAGCACUUCCGAGUCCGAGUUUUCCACGAAACGACUUCCGGCGUGAAACUGUCAAAGUCCGGGACGGUGCCGACCAAGAAGUGCGAGGCCGUCGGCAAGAUUCUGAAGGAUCGCGCCGUCAAGGCAUGCAAGCAGUAUCAACCCUUACCCCUGAGUCUCGUCAAGGACGGCUAA